AUGUCUAGACUAAGAUCUGAUAGACUUUUUAGAACCUAUUCUGGCAGAAUUCCCACAAAUCAGCAAGAAGUUUUAGAAACUCUUCCUGGGAUAUGGAAUAUUCCACCCACAUAUAAAGAAGCAGUUCGCUCAACAG